AUGGACCAAUCUAGCCAAGUUGCCCCAUCAGGGCGUGCAGAUUCUCCUUCCACUUUGAGCGACGCCCAACAGCCGACCCCUUACCAGCCCAUGGGUGAGCACUCUGUCCUCCCCAUCUCAUAG